AGAGAACAUCCUGUCAUGACCAAACUCAGACUGAAAACCCUUGAGGACCCAUGGAGCAUCAUGCUGGUUGCUAGUGAACAAGCACAACUGAUGGCAAAUCUGGCCAAACUGAUCAAUGCCAGCAAAACCAUUGAAAUUGGGAUGUACACAGGGUACAACACCCUGAACAUGGCGUUGGUUGUACCAGAGAGUGGUCAAGUGGUAGCAUGUGAAAUAGACGACGAAUACGUGAACAUUGCUGAACCUUUCUUUAAAGAGGUCAACAGAUCAAUCAGAUCAACAUUCCGCUAG